AUGAACACUUCGGUCACUUCUAUUAAGCUGGUACUUCUAGGUGAAGCUGCGGUGGGUAAGUCUUCUAUUGUGCUCAGGUUUGUGUCGAAUGAUUUUUCUGAGAACAAAGAGCCCACAAUCGGAGCUGCUUUCCUCACUCAAAGAGUUAACAUGGGAGAUCAUACAAUCAAAUUCGAGAUCUGGGAUACAGCUGGUCAGGAAAGAUUCGCAUCGUUGGCGCCCAUGUACUAUAGAAAUGCACAAGCAGCUUUGGUGGUUUACGAUAUUACCAAGCCACAGUCUUUCAUAAAGGCACGUCAUUGGGUCAAGGAAUUGCAUGAACAAGCUUCCAAGGGCAUCGUGAUUGCUCUUGUUGGUAAUAAGCUUGAUUUAAUUGAAGGUGGAGCGGAAAGAAAAGUCGCUCGUGAAGAGGCAGAGAAACUAGCGACUGAAGAAGGUCUACUUUUUUUCGAAACAAGUGCUAAAACAGGCGAUAACGUCAAUGAAGUGUUCCUUGGGAUCGGUCAAAAAAUCCCCCUCAAAAAGCCAGAUGAACAGUCGCAAGGCUCCUCGGGCUUAAGAAUUAAUGACGACAAUAGAGUGGAUCUAGCAGCAGGGGGUCCUGGCAGCUCGAAUGCCGGUGCUUGUAAUUGUUGA